AUGAGCCGGCAAUCCUACAGUAUGAGAACCGGAGGUGGGGGCAAGGGCUUCAGCACAGGCUCUGCUAUCAUUACAAGUGGAAACAGACCCAGCUUUAGCUCGGCCUCUGUUGGAAGAGCUGGAGGAGGUGGAGGAGGCUUUGGAAGGCUUGGUGGAGGGGGUGCAGGCGGCAGCGGUGGCUUUGGCACUAGGAGCCUCUAUAGUCUUGGUGGUACCAAGAGAAUUUCCCUCGGUGUUGGCAGUAACCUACGGAGCGGAUUUGGCGCUGGAGCUGGGGGAGGCCUAGGUUUCAGCAGUGGAGGCGGUGGGGGGGUUGGCUUCGGUGGGGGAGCUGGUGGGCUUUUUCUCAGUGGAGGAGGCGGAGGUGGUGGAUAUGGUGGUGGAUAUGGCUUUGGUCCUGGUGGGGGCCUCGGCUUUGGUGGUGGGCCUGGUGGUGGAGGGGGACUUGUUUUCGGUGGAGGACACAGUGGGGGCAGAGGACCAGCAGGGUUCGGCAGUGGCACACCUUGUACUGGUACCAUCCAAGAAGUGACCAUCAACCACAGCCUUCUCACACCCCUGAACUUGGAGAUUGACCCCAACAUUCAGCAGGUGCGAAAAGAGGAGAAGGAGCAGAUCAAGACCCUCAACAACAAAUUUGCUAGUUUCAUUGACAAGGUCCGGUUCCUGGAGCAGCAGAACAAGGUGCUGGAGACCAAGUGGGCCUUGCUGAAUGACCAGGGUCAGAAAUCCAGUUUGAGCAAAAACAACAUGGAUCCUCUCUUUGAGGCUUAUAUCAGCAACCUGAAGAAGCAGCUAAACAGCCUUUUAAAUGAGAGGGGGCGUCUGGAUGGCGAGCUGAAGAAUAUGCAGGAUCUUGUGGAGGACUUUAAGAACAAAUAUGAAGAUGAAAUCAACCGGCGCACAACGGCGGAGAACGAGUUUGUGGUCCUCAAGAAGGAUGUGGAUGCUGCCUACAUGAACAAGGUGGAGCUGGAGGCCAAGGUGGACGCCCUCAUGGAUGAGCUCAACUUUCUCCGAGCUCUCUACGAUGCGGAACUGGCCCAGCUGUCAGCACAGAUGUCUGACACCUCUGUCAUUCUGUCGAUGGAUAACAACCGAGACCUGGACCUCAGCAGCAUCAUCACUGAAGUCAAAGCUCAGUACGAGGACAUUGCUAACCGGAGCCGAGCGGAAGCUGAGGCAUGGUAUCAGACGAAGUUUGAGGAGCUGCAGGCCACCGCCGGGAAGCACGGAGAUGACCUGCGUAACACAAAGGGAGAAAUCUCAGAGCUCACCCGGCUGAUCCAGAGGAUACGGGCAGAGAUUGAAAAUGCAAGGAACCAGUGUGCCAACCUGCAGACAGCCAUUGCAGACUCAGAGGAGCGCGGAGAGCUGGCCCUCAAGGAUGCCAAGCUCAAACUGGCCGAGUUGGAGGAUGCCCUGCAGAAGGCCAAGGCAGACAUGACCCGCCAGCUGCGGGAAUACCAGGAGCUGAUGAACGUCAAGCUGGCACUGGAUAUUGAGAUCGCCACCUACCGGAAGCUGCUGGAGGGCGAGGAGAGCAGGCUGAGUGGUGACAGUGUCGUGCCCGUCAGCUACUCUGUGGUCAGCUCCAGCCCAACAGUCAGCAGUGGAGGUGGACUGGGAGGAGGAUAUGGAGGACUUGGCCUAGGAGGUGGCGGAGGAAGCGGCUUUGGUCUUGGAGGUGGUGGAGGGUUCGGCUAUGGAAGCGGAGGUGGACUUGGCCUUGGAGGUGGAAGUGGCGGAGGUGGACUUGGCUUUGGAGGUGGAAGUGGCAUUGGCCUUGGAUAUGGAAGUGGUCUCAGCCUUGGCUUCGGUGGUGGAAGCAGCUUUGGCCUUGGCUAUGGAGGUGGUGGCGGCAGCGGGCUGAGCGCUGGAGGAGGUAAUUUCAGCUCUGGAAGUGCAAAAGGCAGUGGGGCUGGAACCGCCCCAGGUGUGAAAAUUGUCUCCAAAACCUCUACCAGCAAAAAGAGCAUCAAAAGUCAGAGCUUGAAGAAUUUACCCCAGCCCGAGUAA